AUGUUAGUCAAAACCCUUCUCAUCUCGGCCGCUGUCAUCGCAGUUGCAUCUCCUGUCGCCGACGUUUCGGGUGAUUCCCUGGUCACACCCGUAUCCGAGAUGCAUGGCGGUCUUCAGUUUCUUGAGGCACGCAAGGUCUGCGCUGCUGGCUACCUCGCUUGUCACUACAGAUACGGCUUCGGGGACCCGGACCAGGCCGAGUACACUUGCAUGUCUCCUACUUGCGCCUUUCUUCGGGACUGCAACUGCCCCCAUACCGCCUCCUUCAACCAGAAGCCUGCGUUCCUCUUCACCAAAGGCUGUCGCUCCAAGGCUGCGGCUCGCAACCACCCCAAGUGCUUUGUCGUAAGCUAG